AUGCCGCUGGAAGAUAGAGAUCUAUUCAGAGGGCGGAGUCGGUCUCGCGAUGGCUGGCGAGACGUCCGCAUGGACCGAGACAGGGAGCGUAACCGUGACCCACGAGAUCGGGAUAGGGAUAGAGAUCGAAUGCUCGAUCGAGAACUCGACAGGAGGGAACGCUUCGACCGUCGUGAUCGCGAUGAUGAUAGGUGGUCGCAGCGCGACGACAGAGACCGGUUUGAGCGGGUGGAGCCUUGGAAAAAGGAUCGACCACCAGCUCGCAUCGAUACCAAGACUUCUGGUUCUCAUUCUGCCAACCCGUCAUCUGCUGUAUCACAAACCCCAACCCUGAUGUCUCUCGGUACGCCCGCAGUUGGCACUGAAGACGAGGUUACUGCUGCUUCUGCUGCUGCUGCUGCUGGGCCCCGAAAAGCUGGUAGUACAUCUUCCACUCCCAGGGAGUCAAGGCGGCCAUCGGAAAAGACAGAGCAUGUCACCCCUAUCCGUACACCGACACACGUCCAGUCAACGACGGCUCAACCCGAACAGCCUUCUGAACGGCCUACACCACAGUUCUCUCCUUCUCCUGCUGCCCCAGAAGUGCCUGCCUUUGGUUCCCUCUCUUCUGCUGGCUCGGCUGCUGCUAUUACGGAAACCGCUACCCCUGAACCAUCAAGAAAAUUAUCACAAUCGGAUACCCCCAGAGAGCGUCCUGAUCUAUUCCCUUCCACCCCUAUCAAGCCUCCAACUGCCCCUAGAGCCGAUAGAGUGGAUGCACAGCAACGUUCCGACCGGAGUAAAACUGAAGUGCCCCUUCGAUCCAGUCGUCCACCGUCAGCCUCUCCGGUAGUCCAACCGAGCUACAUGAUUGACUAUAGCCACCCUGUCCCCGCACUUGACCGAGGCAUCACUCAUGAGCCAGCGCCUCAAUCAAACAAGGCCAAGGAUACUCAUGCUUCCUCUAAUGAACAGGAGCCCGACCUUUUUCCUUCGUUACAUGGCCUGUCGGGCUCCAGUAACGCUGCUACCCCGUCAUCUACUCGCGCUUCAUCUCUACCGACACAAAAUCAAUCGCAGCCACAGAAGUCACCGCCACCUCAUUCAACCUCGCUUUCUCCAAACUCCCAGCAUGCAUCUAUACCUACUGGGCCAAGAGCGCAACAACAGCGCUCCACCGGUCAACGGCCCGGAGCCAAAAGUAGUAAUCAAUGGGUCAGGCCAGGGUAUGUGAAUAGAAGAAUGUCAGCCACUAACUCACCGUCAAGUAAGAGAGACCUUUGGGAUGAGGGGAACAAAAGACAGGCGCUUGAAAGCCCGUUCGUACCCGAGGGUCCUCUUAGCAGCAGCGGCCAUGGGGACGAGGAAGCUCAACCAUCUAUUAGCCCUGUGAAUGGAGAGGAUAGCGAAAAGAGAGAAAAGGAGAAGGCAAGCUCUGAGCCAACAAGAGAGCACACUGAAGAAAAUGAAACUCGUCCAUCAGAGGAGGAAAUACAGGGGCAAUCUCUUGAUGCCGAUAAUGAUACAAAGAUGCUUGAUGCACCGGAGGCUGGGGAAAUCAAAGAAACGGAAGAGACUCAGGAAGAACCAGAGCAGCAUAUUCCAAUGCUCUUCGAUGAACCGAGUGACCAGCAAUCUGAUGAUGAUGAUGCCCUAGAUGAAGAAGACUUCAAUCAAUCCGAACAACGUUUCGAGAAGGAAAUGUUGGCCCUAAAAUCAGAAAUCCCGCUGCCUCCACUGCAGGACCCAGUUGUGGUUGAUCUACUCAUGAAGAUUCAGAUGCUUGGGAUGAUAGCUGAUGGCGCUGCACCAGCAAAUCUUGAUCAGCCAGGAGCUGCCAUGGAAGUUGAAAGUCCUGAUAAGCCGGUUGCUAUCAUCCCAUUAUCAGGUAAAGAAGCGGAAGAGGUCGAGCUUGCGGAAGAAGUAAGACCUAUUGAGAAUGCUGCCGGGACGCCUGUGACGAUACCUAUCAUCGAAGCCAAGGCUGUAGAAUCAUUGCCAUUCCUACCUUCUGGUCCACCGACCCCCUUCUCGGAUAUGGAAACAUUACAGGAAAAUUAUAAACUCCAUGAGCGUAUUAAGGAUUCGCUGUUGGAAGAUAUCAUCAAACAACGAAGUGAAGUUGCUAAACAGCAUGCCGUCUUGCGUGAGCAGUACGCGCGGUACUAUAAAGCCUGGAGACUGAAAGUACGUGACAUGGAUAAAAAGAAAGAGGAGGCGAGGAAAGCUGAGUCGGAAUUAUCAUCCACCCCUCCACCCUCCGCGACCGCUGCAGCAUCUCUCCCUGUGAUCGAAGGCAGGCGGGGAUAUAAACUGAACAGUGAGCUUGACUUCCAACUUGCUCUGAAGGCAUCCGCAAUCACAGCACAAGAAGAAUCAGAGCGUCGCCGAGAUCAAGAGGCCACCGUUCACCCUGACAUGACUCGUGAAGCCCGUAUCCCGGACAUGCUGGACGAAUACCAGAAGAAAGCAAGUCUCUACCAAGACACUAACCAAAUGGUCGAUCCUGCGGAUGCCUUCACUGUUUUUGCCUUCCAUCCUCCGCCCAACGACUUUACGCCUGAAGAACACAAAGCUUUCACUGAAGCCUUCAUGGCUCAUCCGAAGAAAUGGGGCAAAAUUGCUGAACUACUUCCAGGCCGUACUUUCCAGCAGUGUGUGAUGCAUUAUUACUCUACCAAAGAAGAGAUCAAGUACAAGGCCAAGCUUAAUAAGAAGUGGACGCGCAAGGGACGUGCAAGAAAAACUGCAAGAGCCCCAAGAUCAAAUGCUCUCAUGGCGGAUUUGGGAAUCCGACCUGCUUAUGAUGCAGAUGAUGCAGAGACACCUGUUGUUACCGAUACAGGAAGGCCCAGACGUGCAGCUGCACCUACAUUUGGCGAGUCAAAUGCUGACACUGAAAGUAACACCCCCACACCGGCGUCUGGGAAGCGCGGAGGCGCAAAGGACUCUGGCGAUCAGCCUGCUGAGAGAGCCCCCGGAAGACGAGCUGGUCGUGGUGGCGGUGGCGGCCGUGGUGGUCGAAGAGGGAGGGGAGGUGGUCAGCAGGCAGCUUCGAGGGUGGAACCUGCACCACCUACGACUGCAGCUGCUGCAGCGUGCGCUAGUACCUUGCCUGCAGUCGCUCCCCUGCCAAAACCUGAGGCGGAUGCCGUGGAAUCAUUAGUUGAUGCGAUGUUGAAAGCUAAGGAGGAGAUCGAGAAGCCGGUGGAAGAGGCCGCGGUGCGUUCCAAACCGAGUAGAAGCUCUCGCAAUAAGGAGCAGCAGCAGCAGCAGCAGCAGCAACCGGCACAGCAGCAACAGAUGCAGUCAGUAGCUCAGCCGGGCCUAGAGGCCCCUGAGCCAGGUUCAAAGGGAGGCCCGAGCGAUGGCGGGUAUGGCUCACUGCAGCCUACCAGCUAUUGGUCUGUACCUGAAGUCAAGGAUUUCCCAGACCUGGUGGCCCAUUUUGGCAAGGAUUUCGACGCUAUUUCUCAAUUCAUGAAAACAAAGACACCAACGAUGGUGAAAAACUACUUUCAGCGCCGUGUUGACGGUGGGAAGACAGAACUAGAAGAAGUUGCAUUGAUAGCCGAAGCCAAGAAACUGCGAGGCGAGCCCACUGGACCCCUACCGACCCCGAGUGUUAGUUCAAAGCGACGAUAUGAGGCUACCCCAUCAUCAAUUGCGCCACGAGCUUUGGCGCCCAAUAUGGAACAUGCUGAGAUGAUGGACAGAACGCUAGCGCCUAAGGCCAAGCCAUCUGUUAUCAAUAUGGCACCUGCGCCGCCUGUGAUACAACCACGUCAAGGUAUGGAGAAAGACCGGUCACAACCAAAACUAUACCCCCUUGUUCAGGCUCCUGCAAGUCAGCCCAACCUCGCUGCCACCAGUGAUGAGCUCCACCAACGCUCUGUCAGCACCUCACAGUUGCCUCAGUCCCAUCGAAAUCAACAAGGGCCAAGAAUGGGUUAUUUCACUGAUGAGCGUAGGGAGAGCCGUCCUCCCGUUCACAUAGCUGCUCACAUGUCAGAGCAGGACGUGAAGCCAAUACCGUCUUCAUUGACGAGCCAAGUAACUCCGGGGAUGCCAUUACAGACUCUUCCGCGACAGAACCCAAACGUUGUGCCCCAAAUUCAAGACCUUGGAGACAUUCCACGCUACGGCCCGCUGUCGCAGCCGCCUACAUUCCCUCAAGGGCCUUACCUGCAGCCGCCGGGUGGUGCACGCAACACCUCAACGACGCCGCAGUCACACUCUCGUCGCUCAAGUCGUACAAUUCCUUCUGCCGUCACUUCUCCUGUUCAAAGGCAUAUCAAACUCGACACCGAUCCAAGUGGAAUACCAGCCAUGGAAAGGCCGGCGCCAAUAGGCCCUCCAGCGUACUUAACUCCUGGUCAUCCUGUAUCUCUGCCGCACCAGUGCCACCAGCAGCGCCAGAGCCUCAACGUCAGGUGCCUGCGAAACGUUCCAAUAUCAUGA